AUGGAGGAGAGAGGAACUCUCAGUCUCAGGGCAAUCUCCGUCUUGAUUGCUGAAAUUCUCAUACUUCAAGUUCAAGGUUUGGUUUAUGUGCACAAUUCAAUCCGAGCUUUAUACUUGCAACGCAACAGAUUUGCCAUUGCGCAGGCCAAACCAGAAACAGUGGCAAAGGUGUCUAAGAUAGUAAGGAAGCAACUUGCAUUGCCAGAUGACUCUGCUGUUACCGGCGAGUCAAAGUUUUCUGAACUUGGAGCUGAUUCUCUCGAUACGGUUGAGAUUGUGAUGGGACUUGAGGAGGAAUUCGGUAUUAGUGUGGAAGAGGAUAGCGCUCAGACCAUUGCAACUGUGCAGGAUGCCGCGGAUCUUAUUGAGAAGCUCAUUGAGAAGAACAAGGCUUAGAAGCGAUGGAAACAGAGUCGAGUAGUAUUUUCAUAUCCUAGCCCGCUUUAGAGAUAAGUACUUGGUAAACUGGUUUUGUACUCAGUCGUUUUGUGUUAAUCCGAACCUUGUAGUUGAGUGGUUUUGCUUAUGAAGUUAAGAAUUUUCGAGUUUGUGUUA